AUGAAUAUUAAAGAAUAAAUUACUGAAAAAUAAUCCCUUCUUUCUGUAAGACCUUAAAAUUAUAUCUAGUUGCAACAGGGAAAUUCUAGUGCAAGAUGUUGCUUGCAAACAUAAGAUUCAAGAAUAAUUUGCUCAAUAAUUGGACCUUAUCAUGGCAUUAAAGUUCUUUAAUAAGAUUGCGAAAUUAAGUGCAUUAUAAAUUUUCUCAAUAAAAAUGACUCAAACAUGCAUGAAGAGACAGAGUAGGAUAUAAUAUUAAAGAGAGAUCUAGUUAAUAUGCUUAGUGAAAUUGUGAAUAUCAAAUAAUACCCAAAAAGUAUUUUGCAGCUUACUUUUGAUAUAAUAUAAGUUAAUGGACCAGUGUUCCCAUAUUUGGUUAACGUAGCUUGCUUUGCUCUGUCCUUAGCUGGAAUCUAAAUUUUAGAUAUAUUUUCAAGCGCCUAUAUGGGUUUUAUAGGAAAUAAUUUAAUUAUCGAUCCUAGCGACAAAGAGUUCGCUCUUAUGAAUAAAAAAUUAUGUAUAGUGUAAAUGAAAAAUUCCCAAAAGAUAAUUUACUUGGAUAUGAAUGGUUCUUUAGAUUUUGAAGAGAUUUAGAAGCUUCUUUCACUAGGCAUUAGUGGAUGUAAUAAAAUAUCUACUUUGAUGAGUACGUUGUUGAUAGAGUAGAACGCAGUGUUAAGCAAUUGA